AUGGCUCUUUACUUCCUUUAUCCCGCCGUGGCCGCCGUCGCCCUGUUUAUCGUGGGCGUUAUCAUUGUCAUGCUGCGCUACGGACCGCGUUUGUGCGGUUUGCGCCACCAUGCGCUUCCCGAUGACGAGGACCUGCGGGGAAAGACGUACGAGCAUGAGAUUAGCUAUGCCUAAUCUUGUUCAGGGGUGUCCCAUUAAUCCCAUUCAACCAAUAUGCCUUUUCAACUUUCAGUAGCGAUAUUGUUGGUGAUUUCUUGGACAGCCCUGCCUUUAAUUUACAUACUUCUACAUGCCGGCAAUGCUACGAAUUGCUUCUUAUAUAUCUCUCCCCCCGAAACUAAUCCUAGCUGCUGUAAGAGCCCACUAACCCGUCUGCACCCACCAACCAUAUCAGUUUUGCAUGCAGUACAAAUAGCUUCAUUAGCAACUAGUUUCGUUCGAGCCGUUUCCAUUCCAUUAAUCGCAAUCUGACAAUGUGCCUUCCACGUAGAGACUCGUGAGAAAAUUAUAUCGUCCAAGUGUCUUUUUAGCGCCGUAAGAUCGAAUUGUAUUUUUACAUUUAAUACCCAUUUUGGGUAGUCUGUCCACAGAUGCUGCAUUUAAUGUUGUCCAAUAUUCUACUCGUAUGAAAAUAUCAGUGUCUUGUAUCUACUACAAACUCUAUACAUUUGUAUUCGUCCAUUAGUUUUGUAAUAUUGUACUUUGAAGUUGCAUCAAAUAAAUCUACGGUCCCAAAAAUAA